CCAUUAUGAAUCCGUUCUUCGUAUUUAUGAAAAUCUAAUUAAAGAACAUAAUACAAAUCGACUGGUGAGUAUAUAAUAAUAUAUAAUAUAUUGAAUCACACGCCGCAAGCAAUAAAAAAUAAAUGCUUUAAAAUCAUAUAUACAAUUCCCGAGUACUGGAAUUACUCGCAUUUAAUUACAUGCUCAGUUUAUGGUCUAAGCUCAUAGAGUACGUAUCAAAAAACAAUUAUGGGACGGUUCUCCACUAUCAAAAAGGUCAGCAGAUUCGAUGUUAUGUUGCUUGGAGAUAAAGAAGUGGGCAAAACAUCAUUACUCUCGCGGUUGAUAGACGAAAAUUCUAUAGAGUUAAAGAAAACAUCAAGCACCGCUGGAGCUGAGAAUGUAGUAAAGACAAUUGUGUUGCCUGAUGCCUAUAUAAAACUUAACAUUUGCGAUACUCCCGGACAUGAACGUUUUAUUCACCUGCUGCGAACAUAUUACCAAAAUUGUCAAGGUGCAAUACUCGUGUACGAUAUACAGAAUCGAGAGACCUUUGAAAAGGUUCAGGAUUGGGUGUUUACCCUCAGAGAAGAGAUUUCAUCAGACUUCGUAAUCGCUUUGGCUGGCAAUAAAAUGGAUAUGGAAAACAAUCGGCAUGUGUCGAAAGAAGAAGCAAAACAAUUUGCAACUGUGCAUAAUUGUUUAUUUUUGGAGACAUCUGCAAAGAGUAACAAGAAUGUGUCAUUCAUUUUCAAAGCGCUUGUCUUCGCACUACAUAAUCAGAAAGAAGAACGCAGUAAGGUUGUAAAAAACCAGGUAUCCAGCAAUGAAGUUGACCCCGAGCCUGAGGGGAUGAAGAAGAAGCGAAGACGUUGUUUUUGUCUUUGCUCCAUAUGUUAAGCAAUUCAUUAUGCGAUACGGCAACACCAUGUCGCUUAUGCUUAUUAAGUUGGUUGCACUUGCGGUCGGCAUAAAUAAGUAUAGCUUACCGUUAGGAAAUAGUAAAGCCUUGAAAUUAUUGCUUUUAUUAACUCAUUCUAGUUUUUAUUUUGAAAUCAUAAGUUGAAAUAAAUAGUACAUACUUAUUGUAGUUCUCGAUUACAUUUUUUUCAGUUUCAUUAUAAUUUUCCAUUUUUAUUUUACUUUACUCUCGCAUUUUAAUUGUAUAAUAAAGUAUUGUAUAUGUGUAUAUAUAUAUUUUUUUUUUAUGAUUUACUUUCUUGAUUUACUACUUGUUUCAUUUUAUAAGAAUAAUAUUUGUUGUAUUGUAUAAAUUUCAUGAAGAGUCAAAGUUUUUGAGUAGUUUCUUUUUUCUUGUUUGUUUUUGAAGAAAACAAUAAAUCAUAGCGAGAGUAUUAUACUAACUUACUACAAGGCAACUAAACGGCUUCAAUUUGAGUAGCGUUUUGCUCAUUUAACAUAUCAAAAAAUAACAGGAAAAACAUUAGAAUAUAUAACAUAAUAAAUUUCAGUUUAAUCUAAAAACUAAACAAAGUGGCAGAAAAUUGUUUUAAGGGCAGUUUCAAAGUUGAUAAAGAACACAUAGAAUUUAGAUUAUAAAUGUGAAUGAGAGUCGAAUAAUAAAAAUAGUUUAACAAAACAAAAUAUGCACGUAUGUAUGUAUGUCUGUUAAAAAAUGUUGAUUUAAAGGAAAGUAUUUCUUCAUAUUUUGUCAUAUGCAUUUUAUGUUUAUCAUUAUUCCACAUUAAAUAUCACUUACGUAAGAGAAGUAUCUGUUUUUUUUUUUUUGUUUUGGUUUUUGCUAGAUUUAGCUCCUAAACUACAAUUUUGUUCAAGUGUUUCUUAGUUCUGCUCAAUUUAUUGAUAAACCACAAUUUUUCUUUUUAUUAUAAUAUCAUUUCUGAUCCAUGAUAUUAUGCUUCUUUUUAAUCUAAACUUUUUGUUUUUUUUUUUCUCCUUUUUGUCAGUUAUUUCUAUAAAAUUUACAAAAUUACGUUCCAUUUCGUUAAGCUUCAAAUAGCUUGUCUCCAUCUGUAUACAUUGAAUUUCAUUUUUCGUUUUUAUUUUUUUGGAUUGGGACCUUUGCGAUAUAUAAACUCCCUUAACAUUUAGCUUAUGUACUAUAUUUAUCGGGGUUUUCUUUUGUUUCCAGUUUUUCUUGAAAUUUCAUCCACAAUGAGUUAAUUGCAAUUCACAUAAAUAUACGAAUAAUUCUAUAAUAGGUUAUACAAUCUUUAUAUUUUUAUUUUCGUCUAUUUCUUGUUUGAUUCCUUCUUUGAUUUAUACAACAAUCGGCUCAUCACCAUGCAAAUCACAAGAGCCAAUAUUCUCGCCCUGGUACGCCGAGAAAUCGCUUAUAACGGCUCUCGGCUCUGCACCGAAUUGUAUGUCUUGAAGGCAGCCCUUAAACGGUUCAAAGAAGCGGCCUUGCGUCCGUUUGCUCACCGAUUCCUGCUUGGGG